GAGCGGAGUCUGCCUCUCCGAGCCCAGCGAGAAGCCAUGUCCGCCGCCAGCUGCUGCCGUCCCCACCCCGCGCAGGGGCCGACGCUGUGCAGGGACAUCCCCGGCCUUGCCAAGCGGCUCAACCUGCCGGAGGGAGUCGCCUUGCCUCCCGGAGAUUACAGCACCACCCCCGGCGGCACCGUCUUCGGGACCACGCCGGGCGGUACAAGGAUUAUUUAUGACCGUAAAUUUCUAAUGGAGUGCCGGAAUUCUCCAGUUGCCAGAACACCACCUUGUGAUCUUCCAAACAUUCCAGGUGUUACAAGUCCAAAUAUGGAUGAGCUCAGGGUUGAGACCAACCUCAUCCAUGCUGAUGAGGAGAAACCAGGCUUAGGCGAGGAAGCCCAGUUCGACAUGGAUAUCUAAAGACUGGUCCCCCGAGAACAGGUUUUUUUUUGUUUCCGGUGAAGACGAGAAAUCAGCAAGGCUUCCAAAAACAAGUGAGGCUUGUAGAAUAGCCCGCACUUUGCAAAGCUUUCCAAGAUGGAAGGUUCAUUACAUUUUUUACUGGGAGGAGAACAGGGGACGUCCUGUUGCAAAAGAACAGAGCACACUGUCAUGGUCCUCUCUGUGCGGUGAGAACGCUGCCAGGGAUGAGCGUUGGCGUGAGAGGGGUGGGAUGUCCUGUCCAACGUCUGUGCCUUGAGUUCUUGUGCCUUUGUUCCUGAACAUCAGUGCUCUCAAGCAAGGGACAUGAUGCAAGGGGAGAAAUAAAAUCAUGCUGGAUCUAGUGGGGUUAAUACAGUAGCGGGUCUUUAUUCACAUCACUCUUCUCAUGGGCAAACUGCUCUUCCGUCUUUAUAUCUCAUCGCCCUCCCAAGGGAUGGGAAACUGAUGCUGUGUACAGAUAAUCCUUUUUGUAAAACAACAGAGCAGCUUUCUGUCUUAAGCUCUUCCAUGGCGCUAGCACCAAUCCGGCACCAAUGGUAGCUUGAUAACGGUACAAACAUAGUGUGAGGAGGGGAAGCCUGGGGAUGAGAAGAAGCUGCUUUUUCACUCGAUUUUCCUGUUCUUUGUAGCCAUUUUCCCUAGUGCCAUAGGAAUCAGUGGCCUGAUGAAAUUGACUAGCCUAUAUCAGCAGCUUCUGCUGGAUUGCAGUCUUGAAAUCAACCUUUUUCUUUCCUUCUAAGUUCCUGAAUGUGCUGGAGCUGUGGGGAGUGCACAUUGUUCGAGGAAAAGUGGUUUUUCAAAAACUAAAAAAAAAAAAUGCUCUUGAAAUGGGAAAGUAUUGCUGUGGGAAAGCGGGUAGCCUUGCACUAUUUUUCUUUCUUUCAAAGGGCUACGUAAAUGCUCAUGUAGAUCUGUACACAACCUUCGCUGUACUUAAAAAUAAUAAUGAUAAUAAAGACGAAAUUAAAAUUGC